CUAUGCAAAGAGUUAUCAGUUGUCACAUAAACCAAUAAAUUACACAACUUUGAAACUUGAGUCACUAUAGCUACAUCGAGCAUAAUAACAAACAUAAACCAUAACAUGCAAGAAAACAUUUAAUGAAAUGAUAUACAUAAAUGAAUUAAUAAAUAUCUUGAGUUUAAUGAAUAAAAGGGCCUCAGGCCAUUUCAUUGCGCACAGUUUUUUGGCGGGUUAAAGCUUUUAAAGCUGGGAAAUUAUUUGUCGAAGAUGAUACCCGUUUAGGUAGGCCUAAAACCUCUGUUACCAAGGCAACAUCGCUGCUGUAAAAGUUGUUGUCGAACAGGAUGUGCGAUUGUCGGUGAAAGAUGUAGCCAGUUGUACUGGCAUAUCAGAAGGCAGUGUGCAAACAAUUCUGAAAAGCGUUAAGCUAUGUCGCAUGAACAGUCAUCGAAGGAGGAAAGGAAAUUAUACAGAAACUACUUCCUGUGUCAUUAAAGCUUUUAUCUUGCCAGCUUUAUCUGCACAAUGACUUGUUCAUUUCUGUACUAUAUUUAGCAUUUUGUAAUACUUAUUUGUGGCACACAAACAUGGGGAAUAUUGAAUCUGUUGUAGAAAAAGAUGAUACAGAGUGGAAAUUUGUUGGACGGAGUGUUGACCUGGAAAAGUUUAAAAAACUGCUUUCUAACAAUAAAUCAGUUCUUGUUUUUGGCAAGAGAAAAAUUGGAAAAUCAAGAUUUAUGAAAGAAGCAUGUAGACAACAUGUACAUACUACAUGUUUAUGGAAGGAUUUUGAUUUAGAUGACGUCCAGUCAGGAUAUUCUCAAUAUGAUUGGUUUCUGGAACUACUGGUUAGCUUAGGUGCAGAUCAAGAACGCUUUAAAAGUAAGUAUCCAUUGCAAAAAAUUGCAUGCAACUCCUGCGAGCUUUGUCGAGAACCGGGAAGGGACAGAUGUGAAAAACAGAAAGAUCUCAUUAUGUUACAAGUCAAUGUUAUAAUAAGUAAACUAAACAAAUGCAAACAUAAAAUUCUACUUUUUAUAGAUAACAUUGACAAACUAAUGGAUAGUACCUUUAAAGAUGAGUUCCUAGACUUUCACAAAAAGUCACUCAAAUGUGUUCAGUUGAAAACAAUACUCUCUUCUUCCAACAAAGUGGAAAACACUGCUAAAGGUUAUAUUACCUUUGAACUCCGACCAUUAGACAACACAGCAAUCACUGAAUUACUCUUUGAUACAACUGAAAAUAGAAUUGUCUCAGAUGUUCAAAACAGUUGUAAUAACGCUGUGGGAUAUUCAUCAGAAUCGAAUGUAUUCAAACCGGAAAACAAGCCAUAUAUUGACGCCAUUGUGAGAUUGUGUGAAGGCCUUCCGUUAGCGGCUUCUAUGUCAGGCCUGCGUUUGACAGAAGACUACUGCUUAUUUAAGCCUGCAGAUCUUGUAGAAAUCCUGAUAUGUAUGCGACUAACAAGUCUCAGUCCGGACAACUGCCCACCAGACGACAGAUUAGAAAUCUAUAAAAACCCAAUGGCUGAUGUGAAGGAUGUUUCAUCGUUCUUCCAUUGUUUGAAUCAGCAGAUGACUGGUACCAAGUUUGGUAUAGGCCAGGCCGUAGCUGCUGCAGAAGCUUCAGGAGAUAGUGUUGCAACAGAAGCUAUGGUAAAAAUGAAAAUCAUAAAGAAGGCUUUGAAUAGGUGUAUACUGUCUAUACAAUCACUGCCAGGGGAACAACAGUUGGAAUGGCAUGGCAUAUUCCGGGAAUGCCAAGCUGCACUGCAAGCUUUAGACAAAAUACCAGCUGGCAUUGACACUGCAAAGAAUAUGGUAAUGAAAUUUAUGAAAGAAAAUGUUGAAAAAGCUGGCCUAGAUUUUGAUAAGGAAAUACUUCAAGAUCCAAAAUCUCUAGAGUUUGCCAUCAGAAGUCUUUCUUGCAAGGAUAAAACCUCAUCACAAGUGCAAGGUAAGAACGACGAAGAUAAUGAGAUAAUGGACUCAGAUGAACAACAACACCAGGCUAGAAAGAAGGUUGAAGCUACUCGAUAUGGCACGGAACAUUCUUCAGUGAUGAAAGUCCAUGAAGAAGUUGAAAUUCAUAAAGAUGUGGAAAAUAGUCCAUAUACUGACGCAGGAAAAGCCAACAAACUACUCACUCGGUACUCCGUUUCAGAGGGUGAUCGCAGUGAUUUCGAUAGUGUGAGUCUACAAUUCGCAAAUAUUGAGCGCAGACAAACAGAAGGAUCAGUGGUAAGUGAUGCUAAUAGGACAUCACAAACCGGUAGUGAACAGACUACAAACAGGCUUCACUCUAGCAGUCCACCUCCAUAUACAAGUCGAGGAUGUUCAGAAGCAGAACCAGUACUCUAUCAAAUCAAGAAUAGUGGAGAAAGGAAUGUUUUCCGACCGAUUAACAUACAGUCUACAUUAAACUCUGUUGGAGAGCCUCCACCCAGCUAUACUUCAAUGGCUCCGAAUCAUCACUUGCCAAACAAUGUUACUGAACCCAGUAGACAAUACAUUAAUAACACCUCGCCACACUUUAUCUCUGAUUUGGCUGCCAUGAAUAAUAUUCGAGCUUGUUCAUUGCCAUCGGUCAACAGCUUAUUGUAUAGUUCCAAGAUUCCACAAGAAAGUACACUAGUAGGUAAUCGGGUGGUAUACAGUCGACAGAGGAAUUAUCAUAAUCAAAGUUUACAUAGAGCUCGAUCAGAUCCAACUUGUUAUCAUUCCGAGAACAAUGUAUCUAAGCAGCCAGUGGCUAAACCGAGGAGAGAAAUAGACACAUCAGUGGGUGACUCUUUGACAGGCCCGCCGGCAAUGAAUUAUAUUCCGCUAAGCCCGGGAAUUGUAAAGCAACAGUCGGAUAAGGCUGAUGCCAUUCGUAGUCCUCACGAACGUGUACAUACAGACACGAGAAUGCAAGCCUCAAAUCUGCAGAUAGCUGAACAGAAGGAACCAAUAUCUGACAUGCCUGUAGAAAUAUUUGAUCGAUCAGGGUUUUCUACGCAGGGACCACAGGACAUUUCGUACAAUAAAUCUACAUUUCAGCCAGGUCUCACAUACUUAGUCAGUCAAAACAGAUUAUCUGUAUAACCAAGUUGCGCAGACUGGAGAGAUGCCAAAACAUCAAGGCCAAUCAUUUGGAAGUAGUUUAUCAAUUAACCACAGAGUAUAUGAAUCAAACCCAAAAAGACGAUCUCCUAUGGCUGUAAUCCGCCCUAUGCCUAAACGCCGAUCUCCUCCCAAUGUCGACAAACAGUUGCCGAACGAACGAAGCAUCUCAAACGUGGGGCCGUCUGAACCAUCCGAUAUGAUUUAGAUAAUUUAAAAAAUAAAGAUAUGUCUGUGAAAGGAAAAUUUCUAGCUUAAGGAAGACAAUGCUAAUUAUAAACUUUAUAUUUGUGUAGCUCGAAAUAUUUCAAGAGAAAACGUUAUUUUUUUCAAAACUAUGUUUGAAUAACACUCAUAAGUCUUAUUAAUAUCUUGCCAAAGGUUAAAAUGAAGCAAACAGUACUCCGAUAUUCACAAUAUCGAAACAUUUUAAAUAGAUGUACAUGGAUAUUUGUGUAAAAGUUUGGCAGCUACUACUAAAUUUAUUCAGUAUCGUAAUUUUGUGUUGUAUAUAUAUAUAUAUAUUUGUCUGUAAAUGCGUGUUUUAAUUAAUUUGAAUUUGACGUAGAGGUUAUACGCUGUAGUCCUAGUAAAUUAUUUACGAGACGUAUUACCAAUUCGGAGUGUUAAAAUAUAUCGAAUUAAGUUCUGAUAUAUUGCAUUUCGAUAUUUAUACCUUGAAUAUGUAUGGUAUUAAAUAUAGCAGGUCAACGUGAAGCAACGUAACACUGUUUUAAUGAUAUUAAAACUUCGGAGAUAAUACGCGGUGUGAAAGAAUUUAGGAAUGCGCAAACUAUUCUGUGUGGCUAAUUAUCGAUUAAGACUGUGUCUAUUACGUAUUACGCCAUACUGAUACAUGUAUAUGGCGCAAAAUGAUAUACGGACUUGACGUCAGUACCACCGUGUUUUAAUAACAUUGUACAUGACAAUUUACCAUUUUCACCCAUUUACCUUUAAUGAUAGCUUGCCAUGAGUUAUUUAUAAAAAAGUGAUACCUUAAGUAUGACAUGUUUUUUUACUGUUAUAUGUAUUUAUUUUUAAAGUUAGUCUGUUAGUUCGUUUCAUACCCCAAUACGAAUGCCGUGAAUGAAUGGAACUUAGAUCUACUGUAUAUACAGCUUUGCUAAACUUCCUAUACUUAUUUUAAUGUAUUCAAAAUAUGUAAUAAUUGUUAUUGGUAUGAAUGCGUUUUCAUAAUAACGUCAUAAAGUAUUGAAUUUAUUUUGCCUAAGAAAAUCAGAAAUAUGUAAUUAAACAUUCAGUCAGUUGUAGAAUUUUAUGUUAAGUAUUACUAAACAUUUAGAGUACGUUUGCUUCAGUGUGUGUUCGAAAUAACUUUAACCGAGAUAAGACCAGAUGCAAUAUUUUGAUGAGUGGCGAAGCCAUCAUGAGUGAAAGAUAUUUCAUAUUUACAUGUAAAGUAAACAGUUCUUUUUAUUUCAAGUUUUAAAUGGUUUUAAACUAUUUUAUAUAGUUUAUAGUUUUCAUCCAGUCUUUUCCUUUUUCCUAUUUUUUUCACAUAUGAAUUGACUUUGACAAAGCGUUUUAGGCACGGACAAAGAUUAGCAUCAAUCAUACAGGUUUUAGUAGUUCAAAUAUUGUAUGCAAAUAAUUGAUUAUGAUUUAUUUUCAUGCGCUGAUUCAUGUGUCGUUAUUUUGUUGUUUUCAGAUAUCGGUCAAUAUAAGUAUUGGUAAUAUAUAUCACACCGACUUUAAAUAAAAUUUGUAUUGUGUUGUACUGAAUAUUUAAAGGAAGAAAGAAAGAAAUUUGAUGUUUCAGCAGGAAAAGAAAAACAUGGAAAGAAAAGAUUAUAACAUUUUUGAUUUUCCACAACGAAUUUUUCAAACUUGUUGAGAAAAUUGAAUUAAUGCUCGACAGAGCUCGACAAUGCACACAAACCAUGCCACUAGGUUGAAGGUCAAUGUCACACCUUGAGGUCAAUCGUCAAAUAAUUUCAUGCCAGCUCCACUUUGAAGAUUUUCAUACAACUAGAAUCAAUUAUUUACCAUAUUAAGACGACGUUCAAAGACAAAUCCAAUGUCACUAUGUCCGAUGCACUGGCGCCAGAUCAGAAAGAAAAUGCCUCUGUACAUGUUAUACCCUACCCCUAGGUAUUCUAUAAAAGCCAUGGUCAUGAACGGGAAAAUAUACUAACCCGUUUCAAUCGUAAAUUUCUCAAUUUAAACGCGCAGUUCGGUGAAUGGGUACCUAGUAUAUAUAACAAGCGAUAAUUUAUCUUCCAUUGAGUACCGGUCACAUUUCCUCAAUACAUCUUGUCUUAAAAAAAAACAACGCGUAGUUUAUAGUUAUUUCAACGUUACACAAAAUACUUGCUUGACCUUCCCUGGUGAAGUUCCGUUCUAGAUUACAAAAUCAUUCUGAUUGGCUGUUGUGAAAAUGUAUGUCAAUCGUCAUUUUACUACACGUGUUCGCUAAAAUGUGAAAAUGCAGCAUAAAUGUGCAAAAUGAAUGAAAUAAACAGAACAGAUUCAGACCAAUGUACCAUUCCAAAUUAAAGAUCAUAUACAAGAUGAGGUGGUUAAGGUCACACUUCUAACGUGUCAAGGGUAGGAUAGCAUAAACUGAUGUGCUUGCUGAUAUUGGUCUGCACUGGUCGCAAAGGCAGAAUAACUUGCCAGCAACAGGCUAAAGGUUAAUGGAAUGAUGCUUUACUUGUAAGUGUCGAAUGCUAUAAUAGUAUAGAUUAAAGAAGUACCGAAGCUUACUUUUAAAAAUGAUGAAAUGCUAACAAACUUGAUAAGUUAGAAGGCUAGUACGAGUAUCAGCCUUAAAUGUAUCUGAACUUUGAAGCUUCAUUUAAUGUUGUAUUGAAAUUAUGUUUGUCUAACUUGUUCAUUGCAUAACCAAAUCAACAGUUUCUAUCAUUGAUCAGAGAUGAUACUACAUAUACAUUUGUAUCAAUCCACGGUAAUUUCGGAAAACAUCUGCUUUAAUUGUAAAUUUCUUUGAACUCUUCAUCCUUCAUGUCACGUCAUGACGUUGUGAGUGAUGUUAUACUGACAUUUUUCUUUUAUUUUGUUCUUAUCUGUAGUCUUCCACUGUUGAAUAACAAAUUUUAUAUGUUAAUUUGUGACUACACCAAAUGUAAAGAAAUGGUGUCGUGUAAUUGCUUGUAUAUGUAAUGUACAGUGGCAAUAAAUUGAAAACGUAGUUCCUUAAUUUGCCAGCGAGUUCCACCAAAUGCAUAGGAUUACACAAGCUUAAAAUCAUAAUUCGUUUUUGCAGUACUCUUUAAUCGUGUAAAUUUCUUCUUUUUUUAUUUUUUUGUUUUAUGUAAAUUUCUUUAUGUACUAACACAAUGGAUUUUCUUGUUAAGGUAAGCUUAAAUAUAUUUUGGCAAAAAUUCUCAAAUAAAAGACAUUGACAUUUUUUCUUGCCAUUUUUGUCACACCGGUGCUUUGUUUUAAUGUUACUUUUUGUUAUGUAGAAAUACUUUAUAUUUUGAGAUUUGCUCUUAUGACAUUUUACAUAAAAUUAUACUGUACAGAUUUUGUAUACAGUUCUUUUUUCAUCAUCAAACAUGUUUGUUGUACUUUUUUGUACAAAACGAUAAAAGAUGAAGUAAGAUAUGUUUGAUUAUGUGUAUACAUUUUGAUAUAUAAGAUAUAUAAUGUAUAUGUAUCUUUGCUAGGAAUUGACAAUAGUGUAUGAUGUGGAAAAUAAACUAGGUUGACUUUAUAAGUUUGAAGACAAACAGGGCAUAAUCAAUAACAUGACACAAAUAAGAUUUUGUCUAAUAUUUAAAGUCAGUAAUGUAUCUGUCAGUUCGUAUGACAUUAUUAUGUUAAGAAAUUGAAAAUAUUUGAAUGUAUUUCUAACUGAAUAUAACUGUAUAUGGUGACAUAUGAAUGUACUUUCUUCACAUAUUUUGACUUUAUUGUCAAGUAUGUAUAUGUAAUCUUUGGUUUAAGAUAACGCAGUUCAUGCAUAUGUUUACAUGCUUACAUGUGUCUUCUUGCCGCGUAUAUUGUUAAAGUAUACGUUUUAUUUCUGUUAGGUAGUUCUGCACGUUUAAAAAAAAAAAACAACGAAAAGUGUAAUAUGCCCGGAUAACAUAGAAUAAACCCUGGACUCGUCGUUCCUGGACUCGUGAAAUAAAAAUCAAAUUAAGAAUUAAUGGCAUCCCGUGGAUAAACGUUAAAACAGCUAGAAAUCUAAACAUUUUAUUUCACCAUAUUAUAAACGAUAUAUUUAUUAUGUCUGCCCCACCCCCAUAUUGUUUUUGCCCUGUCCGUCUGUCACACUUCAUUUCCGAUCAAUAACUGGAGAACCAUUUGACCUAAAACCUUCAAACUUCAUAGAAUGGUAGGUCUUAUGAAGUAGACGACCUCUAUUGUUUUAGGGUCACUUAAUCAAAAGUCAAGGUCACAGGGGCCUGAACAUGGAAAAUCAUUUCCGAUGAAUAAGUUAAGAACCACUUGACCCAGAAUGUUGAAACUUCAUAGGAUGAUUGGGCACGCCAAGCAGAUGACCCCUUUCAUUUUGGGGUCGCUCCGUUAAAGAUCAAGGUCACAUGUGCCUGAACAUGGAAAAUCAUUUCUGAUCAAUAUCUUGAGAACAAGAACAUUAAAACUUCAUAGGAUGAUUGUAUUUUCGAUCAAUAACUAGAGAACCAUUUGACCUAGAACCUUAAAACUUCAUUGGGUGAUAGGGCUUACAAAGUAGAUUACCCUUAUCAUUUUUUGGGUUACUUGAUCACAGGGGCCUGAACAUGGAAAACAUUUUCUGAUCAAUAACUUGAGAACCAUUUGACAUAGAACCUUAAAACUUCAUAGGAUGAUUGGACUUACAGAAAUCUCUAUUGAUUUUCGGGUCACUUGAGCAAAGAUCAAGGUCACAUAUGCCUGAACAUGGAAAACUCUUUCCGAUCGCUUGAGAACCACUUUGCCCUGAAUGUUGAAACUUCAUAGGAUGACUGAACUGCAGAGUAGAUGACCCCUAUUGAUUUUGGGGCCACGCUAUCAAAGGUCAACGUCACAGGGGCCAGAACAUGGAAAACCGUUUCCAAUCCAUAAUUUGAGAACCACUAGGCCCAGAAUGUUGAAACUUCUUGGGAUGACUGGACAUGCCGAGUAGAUGAUCCCUAUUGAAGCAAACCAUCAGUGUCUCUUGGAAUUUUGCUCCUGUCCCCUAUUGGCUUCUCACCUAUUGUUACUAUGCAUUGGGGGAGACAUGUGCUUUUCUACAAAAGCAUCUUCUACUUUACGACUGUGAGAAGUUUCAUUAACAUCUACGAAACAGAAAAAAAAUUCUCUACACCAAAUGCCAUCGGAACUGUGAUAUUCCUGCAGAUUAUGAAAAUUUGAGGUUUACACUUAUCAGAUCAGUAAAGCAAAAAGAAUCAAAUAUAUUUUUUUUAUUUAUUACGUUAGUAUAUGAAGAAGUUUUGAAAAUCAGGGUUUCAUCAAAUUCUUCAUUGUAGAAAAAACGUUCCGAACGUGCAGAACUACCUUAACCCUGCAAACAAGGGUUCAAAUCGCGUUCUUAUAGUCAUCUUGCAAUUCAGUACAGGAUAAGCUUAAAACAGGGGAAGUAUUUCGAAAUAAAUAACUUUUAGUUUGACUUACAAUGUGUUUGAGAAUACUUUGUGAUAAUGCAUUUCAGGGUUAUAUUAAGCAACGAUUUAUGUUGUUUACGUAAGAUCUCAAGCAUACAAAUAAACUGAGACAUAUUGAUUGCAAGUACUUGUAAGUUGAUUAGAUAAACCGUAGUGUUAAGUGUAUAUGGGACCGAGACAAGUUGUACAUAUUUCACACAGUGACACAAAAUGACAACCACGUGUAAUUUUUACAUUUUUGAUAUUACUGUUCUAUCUGACUUUCAUGAUUCACCAUUAUUAUAUAUCAAGAAUAUUUAUUAUUACUCAUAGACCAUAGUGAUGUUUAAUAAGCAUGUGCUGGUGUAAAUGGGAAAUGGGGCCAAGACAAGACACUCGUACUCUACAGAGAAAGCCCGAAUUACAAAUAUUAGAUAAAUGUUUAAAAUAAAUAUUUAGAUUGUUUCUCAGAAUCACUCAAUAAGUACACUAAUAAAAACUUUUAACAAAAAAAGCUUCUUCAUGUAGUACCCAAGUACAACAGGCAGUCAAACGUGAAUGGUCUUCAUUUAGAACCCAAGUAAACAAACAUGAAUGCUCAUCAUCUAGAACCAAAGUAAAUCAGGCGAACAAAUGUGAAUGUUCUUUAUGUAGUUAAAAUGACUUAUGACCCUCAGUAAAACACUUGAACAAACGUGAAGUUUAAAUUUUGAAUUCCAGAAAAAGAUGACAUUUUUGAAUAGCACGACACCUUUAAAAAAGAACUAAUGCAUAUGUCCAUUUUGAUGCAUUUUUGAUGAUGUCCCAGUUCUGAAGGUUUAAUGCAUUGUUUUCAGCCAAUUUAUAAAUGGUAUUUUUAAAGGAGGGGUGGGGACAACAUUUUGAGAAUAAUUCAAAUAUCUAGUGGAAAAACAAUAUGGUAAAACAUGCAUUUGACAGGUAAAUUAUUCAUUAAAUAUUUACCAACAAUUGUUAAAAGUUUAUUUAAAUCAUGUCGAUUUCAGUCUGACAAAAAUUAGUAGGAAAAAUAAUUGAAUCAAUGAAACACUUACUUAUUUAUCAAUUUUAGAGCUCGGCAAAUAUUGCAAAUACAUAAAAAUGUGUUAAAGCUCUAGAACUAUUACUGUAUUAAAAACGUUGAACUAUCCGCAUGGGUGACGCUUUCUGAGGUACCUUUUCCGGGUUCUAAGACAUAUUUCCAUAAAAUAACAAAUCUUUAAUAAGCGUGUUUCAUUUGAUGUUCAAUUUAAAUAUUAAUGUAUUCUUUUGUUUGGUUUGUGUGCCCCCGUGGCCGAGUGGUUAAGGUCACUUUCCCCUCGUCGAUGUGGCUUCAAGCAUCACUCGGGGCGUUGAAUUCUUCCUAUGAGGAAGUCAUUAUGAAGUAAUGCACGGAGGGGCACGUGGCGUCUUCUUCCACAUACAAAGCUGGAAAGUCGCCAUAUAACCUACAAUUGUGUCGGUACGACUUUAAACCAAACAAAAUAAAUCAAUAAAUAUUCUUUUAUUGGUUUGGUGAUAAACAUCCUGAUCUUGAACAUCGAAAGUUGUAUAUACAUAUGAUUCAGAAUGUAUAUUGAGAAAUUGAAAAAUGUGUUAUCUUUAUUAUUACUCGUUUCACUUAUUAGUAUAUUUAUUGAGUCCAUGUGAAACGUUCUUUUUUAAAUGUCCAAUGUCUUAUUUAAAUAAUGGUGGUUUUUAAGCCUAUAUGUUAUCAGAUUUUGCCAGCCUGAUAUUUGCUGCGGUAUUUAUUUUGCAUAUUUUUAUGAAGGCAGUAUAAUUAAGUAUACUAAUUUAUAUACUUAAUUAGUUAAUAUUUCCUUUUUUUAUUGCCAGGCUUAUAUAUUUUUCACGAAAUGAUAACUACGUGUUCGUCUAUCUAAGAAAGCAAAGUUUACAACGUGUCUAAAGUAUGGUGCUAGUAGAAGUGCAAGUGUCACGAGGACCAAAACCGCUGAAUCUCAGUAUUUUGUCUAUGUGUUGUAUUGUUUUCGUACCUUGUUUAUAUUGAAUAAAACUGUCUUUUUG